AUGCAGUCUUCCAAGCUUGAGCAAAGUGACCCUCGUCAACGCGCACGUGAGCUCAAGCAUCUUGAAGGGCUGAUCAAGGUAGCCGAGACUGCUGCGGUUCAAGCUGAGCGGUGCAACCGCAAUGCCCGCGUCGCGAUCAACCGUCUUCCUCCUGAAGUGUUCCGGGAGAUAUUCGUGACGACCUGCACCGUCAAGCUGGCUCGAUACAGAUCUACAUACUACACAUGGGGAGCAACUACCACCGUCUGGAACCCAACUUGGAUUGAAAAGGGCAGAGCAGUCAGUCUAAUGCUCGUCUGUUAUCGUUGGAAAGAUAUCGCCUUGGGGAUCCGGGAGUUCUGGAAUGGCGUUGAAACAUAUUGGGAGCCUAAAGAUCAUAUCUUGCUGGAAAGGUCCGGCCGAGGCCCACUCAAGGUUCUGGCUUGCUGCAAAUUGCGACCUUCUUCUGCUGUUGCACAUGCUCUCCAAAAUGUGGAGCAUUCAUCCCGAAUCCAAGAAUUGUACUGGAUACGGCCCUCAGCACGUGAGAACCUUCGAAUGCCAGCGCCCUCGCUCAGGUCUCUCGCGUUGCAGGGGGACUUGAGCGUCAGGGUGCCAGAUGGAUCGUUCAAACUCUUCAACAAUCACACGCCAUGUCUGGAGCGCCUGUCACUGACAUAUAUGCAUUGGCUGCCCAGCAAUGUGUUCGCCAAAUUGACAUUCUUGGCUCUCGGCCAUUGCAAUGUACCCAAAGCUCCCAUCAAUCUACGCAGCUUGCUUUCUGGAACACCAAACCUAGUCGAUCUUAUCCUGCGAAGUGUAGCUGACCGUGACAACCCACACCACCAAGAGCAAAUUGAGGCUGCAGAUACGAAGCCUGUGUCGCUCGCUCGGUUGCGCCGGUUGCUGAUCGAAUAUAUGUGGGCCGAUGUCAUCGAUUAUGUCUUCCGGGAUGCUCAGCUAAACGAAGACGUGUCCGUCUCAAUCUUAUGCGAGAAAAAGUGCGAUGAUGAUCAGCGACUUUUAGAGUUAGUGUCCACUUGGUCAUUGAAUGCCCUAAAGCAACCCAAAGAAUUGCAUUUCCAGCCGCACGUCGCUAUCGUCACUGGAGCCUCUUCUGGUCUCCGUUUUGAGUUCUGGGAGAGCAUGACCCUCGAGGAUUGGACCAAAUUCAAGUGGCUAUGGAUGCUACCCCUUUCCAGCAUCUCACACCUGUGCAUGUUGGAGUGGGACGCAUGCGGGGUUCCCAGUCUUGAAGGUGUCCGCAGCCUUCUCAGGCAGAUGACCGCGCUUCAGACACUGUCCGUCAAUAUUGAGGUCCUGACGAAGAUCGUCGAUGCACUCACGCUCUUCCGAGACCCAAUCGACCGGCCUCUCUGUUCCACACUGACGACGCUACGUAUCACCAUCGUGGAUGAUAGUGAUUGCGACAUCAUCCUGGCCUCGAUCCUCCCGCAUCGUGCGCAACUUGCGAUCAAGCAUCUUUAUAUUGGGUUGAUCGAUCCUCAAAGUGAACACUGGAGUCCUCAUCAAGCUGUGGAGGACGAAUUGCAUGGCAAAUUCGAGUCGGUGAAUUUCGAGAUGCUGUUGUAUGAUAACGCAUACAACAUUACUCUGCCGCCGGUUUGUAUUGAGGAGGCGCAUGCUUUGUGGCCGCCCUGGCUUUAG